AUGAGCAAGCGCUCGAGUUCAGGGAUGCUACCACCGAGCAAGCGAAGGCAUGCCGAAAGCGAGGCAAUAGACUUGCUUCUCGAUCACGGCGAUGACCUCAUCAAAUGUCUCCAGGCACUGACCCGGGCCAAGACAAGAUCUUCUGUCCAUCGCGAAGACUUGCAAAAAAUCCGGCAGCUUAGCAAGGUGUUGUUGCCAUCUUUUGAGCAGUUGGCUAGUGAAGGAAAAACAGAAGCCCUCGAAAGCGGUGAGAUUGACGAGAAUGAGGGGAAGAAUGCAUCCCACGAGAAGGGCCAAUCCCCAUUGACACCGAGGCAAAGCCCAGUGGUCUCAGGACCGCCAAUACCGUCUUUCAUCUUGGUCAAGCCAUGGACGCCAGCCGAUAUUCCGAAGACAAUGCCGCCUCUGCCAAAAAUCACGAAUCCUGUCCUAGAGUUGGCGGCCUUCACCCAUGUUGGCGUGGCCAAGCACAAAUCAGAUUUGAGUUACGACCGCCUUGAGUGGCUUGGAGACGCCUAUGUCGAACUGAUCUCAUCUUCCCUCAUUUUCCAAACUUUCGGAGGGAUGUCAACGGGCCAGUGCUCGCAGAUCCGAGAGCUUCUGAUUCGUAAUGCCAACCUGGGAGAGUACUCAACACACUACGGACUGUUCGAAAGAGCGAAUCUGCCGUCCGAGUUCAAGCCCAGAGGUACCCAGCCGGCUGUGGCAAAACCACAUGAAAUCAAAAAGGUUCGCGGUGAUUUGUUUGAAGCAUACGUCGCUGCUGUGGUUCUUUCCGAUCCCAUCAACGGUCUCGCUCGAGUUGCAGAGUGGCUCAGGACACUAUGGGCAUCGACUAUCAAGGACCAGAUCAGGUCGGUUGCUAAGACGCCCGGGUUGCAGACAGUCAAGGAACUUGGCGCGACGGUGACAGAAGAGUCUAGUCUGCCUCCGAAGGUCCUUCUCAGUCAGGCUAUUGGUGCGAACGGCAUCACCAUCCGCUACGAAGACUUACCCAAUGCGAACAAGAAAGACAAGUACAACAAGAAGCUGGCCCUCUUCAGCGUCGGAGUGUACCUUGACGGAUGGGGCGAGAAAAAUAAGCUCCUUGGAACCGGUAGCGACUUGAAUAAGAAGGAGGCGGGCCAAAAGGCAGCGCAAGUGGCGCUUAACAAUAAGAAAUUGUUGAAGGUGUAUCAGGAUAAGAAGAAGGCUUUUCUGGCAGCUCUUGGGGAGAAAUAG